AGUUCAGUUGCCGUCAGCUAUUUCAUCAGACGAUACAAAUUAUUUUUGGAAACGCCAUGAGGUUGUUCGGUUCGCUGGUGAUUCUGCUCACUGUGGUCGCUGUGGGCAAUGCGCUGAGCUUCACUGUAACUUCCAGAAUUUAUAUGGACGUUAAGCACAAGAAGCAACCACUGGGCCGGAUCACGUUCGGACUCUUUGGCCAACUGGCGCCCAAGACGGUGGCCAAUUUCCGGCACAUCUGCCUACGGGGCAUCAACGGAAGCAGCUAUGUGGGCGCCACAUUUCAUCGGAUCGUGGACCGUUUCCUGGUGCAGGGCGGCGAUAUAGUCAGCGGCGAUGGCACUGGCUCCAUCAGUAUCUACGGCGACUUCUUUGAGGACGAGGACAAAGGCCUGGGCAUUGAGCACAAUCGUCCCGGCUAUCUGGGCAUGGCGAAUCGUGGCCCCAACACGAAUGGCUGUCAGUUCUAUGUGACAACAGUUGGCGCCAAAUGGUUGGAUGGCAAGCACACGGUCUUUGGCAAGGUGCUGGAUGGCAUGGACACUAUUUAUGCCAUAGAAGAUGUCAAGACCGACACUGAUGACUUUCCCAUCGAUCCGGUGAUUAUAACCAACUGUGGCGAGCUGCCAACGGAACAAUUUGAAUUCUAUCCCGAUGACUUUAACAUAUUGGGCUGGAUACGGGCGGCCGGUUUGCCGGUGACCAGCUCCUUUCUAGUUCUACUCAUUUUUCACUACUUUUUUCGUCAGCUCAACAUGUAUUGCUGACGCCCUCUUUGGCGCUUGUUGUUUUUUUUUUAUUCAUGCACAUAACAUUUAAAUACUAAACAUUGUCAGAUUUCAAAUAAAGAAUAUUUCCGCUAA